AUGCAGGUGUUCGUCAAGACCCUCACAGGAAAGACGAUCACCCUGGACGUGGAGUCGUCCGACACUAUCGACAACGUCAAGUCCAAGAUCCAGGACAAGGAGGGCAUCCCUCCCGACCAGCAGCGGUUGAUCUUUGCUGGAAAACAGCUCGAGGAUGGGCGGACUCUGGCGGACUACAACAUACAGAAGGAGUCGACUCUUCAUCUGGUAUUGAGACUAAGAGGUGGCAUGAGAGUGGGGGUUGACAUUCUGGUGGGCAACUCGGCAGCGACUACUCUGGUCCAGGUCAAAACUAAUUUCGACGAUGAAGAGUUCCACCAUAUGCUCAACCUCGCCUCUCUGGGCAAAUCUUUCAAUCCGGAGCAAUUCUCUUUCGAAUUCAAUCUCAAGCCUCGUGAUGAUUUAAUCACCUUGAAGACUCCGCCGCCCUCAGCUCCUCUUCAGGCCAGCCGGCAGCCGAGAUUAGCUACUCCUUCGCAACCUCCCCCGCCUGCACCAGUGACUAGAAAUGCUGUUGCUGGUCCUUCAUGGCGGACAGAUCAGGAUGCGGAGAAGAGUCCUGAGAACCCCCUUCCUGUUCAACAGCCACCUGUACCCCCUCCUGUGGUUUCAUCAGCUGCGACCUUACCUCUGUCACAGACCGCGGUCUCGGGCCCUUUCGCCACAUCUCAGCAGGCAGCGGAGCAAUCCGUCCAAGAUGUUGCCACAGCCCCUUCAGUAUCUCAGCCAAAAUCUCAAUUGCCUACAUCUUCGAAGCGCACCUCUAGUCCAGACAAGGCGGCUUCGACCGAGGUCUCGCGACAAGGCCAGUCUCCGCCGACAUCUAUACCCGCAGCUCCAGAGGCCGCUGGUAGCUCGACGCAGCAUUUCCGUUGCGGUAGCGAACUUGGCUUCGCUAUGGAGCUGACACCCGAUUCCAAUGAUGACGAGGAUCCGUUCCAGAUGUCUUCAGCAGAGACGAGACCGACGGCGCCGUCGUCUUCAGCCCAGCCUCAACCCGAGAAGCCGGAACAAACACCAUCCCGUCCUCCGACCAAUCCUUCCACGACCAGACCUCAGUGGGCAACGGUGCCGUCAGAUAACGUCUCAAUCCCUCCGGCUCAGAGUGCUCCUGUUAUUGCCCCCACAAAUUCUCUGCCGUCCGCAUCUGCGCCUGCGCAAGACGACGGCGAAGACUCUGGCCAGGACAUAUUGGCUCUCUACGCCCAGUCAGAGCAAGGGGACGAGUUGCAAGACGACGCAAGCUCUGGAGGAGAGACAGCGACUCAGCAGACGGUCCAGGGAACGGUCAAGGACGAGCUUCGGUCGAGUCCGGUGGGACGGUUGGUUGAGGCGCCUGCAGAGGCCGGGCCAUCGUCAGUGAACAGGACAGACGCAUCGACCAGUAUGGCCGAGAAAAGCCUCCCGGAGAUCAUGCCGAUCAUCAUCACCGAUAGGCAAGUCCCGUCUGCAACAUCCCAAUACCCACUGACUUUACACAGUGAGACUAAACAGACUUUGACCCUCCAGGUCCCACGCUCCAAUACGAUUCUUCAGCUCAAGCACGAGAUUUACAGAAACUUCCCCUACCGACCCGUCUAUCAGCGACUGUGGAAUCUGGAAGCGGGGGAGGUGUUUGAUGAUGAUGAGAUAGUGGGGAACUGUGAGCUUGAAGAUGGAGGCCGGAUGCAGUUGCUGUUCAGGCCUCUGAAUUUCAGGGUGCAAGAGUGA